GCCUGUAGUCUAAAUUAGGUAUAAAAUAUAACCACGUGAAGUAAGAGGCACACAACUACAGAUGGAGUUAAGACGCAGAUUAGGGUCUUAACGUCGGCCUAAGGAGUAAGUGGUUGCCAAUGUCACAUGAUUUAUAACCAGUUCGCACUCGAUUCGCCAUUCAUCAACACUAUUCUCUUAUGAAACUAAUUUAAAGUCACCCCAAUGACUAUAACACGAGGCUGACAGGUGUCUGUAUAGACGUGUACCAUAUGAAUCGUACUAUAUGUUAUCUGUACCAUGUAUACCUAUAUUACAAUAGGAACUUAAAUACGUCCGUUCAAAUACAUACACGAGGUACUCCUGCCAUUAGGUUAACCCUCUCACAGGUGAAUACCAUAUAUUGAAGCAAGGGUGGUUAAUACAGUGAUCGAUCUGUGUCAAAGUGCAGGCGUGUUAAUCGAUACACACACAGCAACAAAAUUAAUGAUGGGCAUUCAAGCCGUACCAACUCAGUCGGGCGCAAGGCAUUCGAUUGAUACAAGCAUUCUGAAGAGUAAGACUGGGUAUGCCAUAUUAAAGGGAGGGAAGUUCUACGAUCAGACACUUACCAAGCGGCUCGAUAGACUGGGGAAGGAUGUGCGCGUGGAGCUCAGAGCGUUAGACAGCCAGCGUAAGGCACUGCUACACAGAAUGGACAAGUCAAGGAAGAGGAGUGAAAAUUUGGUACAGACUUAUAGCCUGCCUCCUUUGAAACCAUCGGGCACAAAACAAACGAAAUCAACGUCGGAGAUUAAAAGAGACAAUGCCGAUAAACGUUCGAGUAGACAAAAACAUCGGGACUUACGGAACAGACAAACACGGGACGACACGGACCUACAGAUCAGUGGUACACAGUAUCCCGAUAUUGGCCAUAUGUUAUCACCAUCCAACGACGACGAUGAUGAUUUCGAUGAUUUCAGAGGAACAAUUUGUUCACCAGCACCAUCUAGAAGUAAUGGGGACUAUGUGCAAAGCGAACCUAGGGGAGACCUACUAGAUCAGACUCGACAUCUUAGUUUAAAUUCUUCAAACCCACAUAUCACUGUCGAAAAAUGUGAGGAGGUAUUCCCACCGUUACAGAAAAGGCAGCACUCACCUCCCGAGUACGCCCUUCAGAGGUCAGAGUCUCGGACUGGAAGUUCAAAUAGUCUCGAGGUCCCGUCACCAAUUAUGCAGAGACGGUCUCUAGACGGUAAGAUGGUGAGUGUCGUAGCUCCUAUCAAUAUGUUCAGUUCUUACAGUAGGUCAGAGGGCAGUAUACCGGAAGCGCUGAAGAGUGACCAUUGUACAGAUGAUCCCCGUUUUCGGGGCCUGGAAGCCGUGCUUAGACCAGGCACGACAAGUAAAGUACAGAUAAGGACACCGACCAAAAUAGACAUUGAGUUUCAAACUAAGUCAAGGUCACCAUCUCCAAGACGGAAGCCUGGUGGGCGGCUUCUACGACGUGAGGACGAACGGGAGUACAUGAUGUCCUUGAACUCGAGGUCACCACCAUGAUAAUUAGCAUCGGCCGUGUUUUGGAUUUUACUUCACCCAGCAUUUUGCAAUGGAUCCAUUUUGAAAACCUUGUCAUGAGAUUUGUGUUCUGGCAGACAGCUUUAAUAUGGCCCUGCUAACGACUUUGGAAUAAAUACAAUGUACCUUGAUAUCACGGAUAUUCACUCCGUUCUGUGAAGUAUGACAUAUCAGGUACGGAGUUUUAUUGUAUUGCAUUGUUCGAUUAUUCCUUUGAGUGAAACUGCUGGGGAAAAGUCUUGUGGAUUAGGGCACAAGAUGCUCUCUUGAAAACACGUGUGUCUUACUCUCGCAAGACAAAACAAGGCAAAUAGUUACAAGGAUUACUCUAUGAGAACCAAUAUGGUGAAUGUUGUAUAAAUAUAUGAUAUUGUGCUUCUCGGCAAGUGAUAGGCAUUUUUUCUAUCGCUAACAGAGAGUUGCUCACGAAUACAUUUGUUUACGUUACGUUCGUGUCAUGUGAUAGCUUAGUCACGGUAAGUGAUCGUCGGAUAAGGUGUUUAUAAACAGCUGAUCAUUCUCGUCAGAACAUUCACCCGCUUAACGUAUGCAUAAAGCAUCAUUUCUAUACGUUUGAAAACUUCUACAUUUGUACAAAGUUUCAAUUAAACGUUUUAUCCAUAUUUUCAAAUUUGAAUUAUGUUAAUUAAAGUUUUAAGAAUGAUUCGCGAUGUAAGACAGAUAUGAAGAAGAAUACUGAGAAACCAGUACAUGUAUCAGUAUGUUGUGGUCUACACAGUGGUAAAGGACAUCAGUAUGUUGUUGUCUACACAGUGGUAAAGGACAUCAAUAUGUUGGGGUCUACACAGUGGUAGAGGACAUCAGGCUGUUGGGGUCUACACAGCGGUAAAGGACAUCAGUAUGUUGGGGACUACACAGUGGUAAAGGACAUCAAUAUGUUGGGGUCUACACAGCGGUAAAGGACAUCAGUAUGUUGGGGGCUACACAGUGGUAAAGGGCAUUAUUAUGUUGGGGUCUACACAGUGGUA